AUGCAGCCCGCCCAGGCCACCGCCGACGAUCUGGUGGUGUGCGUCGAUGCGGGGGGGACAAAGACGCAGGCGGUCGUCGCAUCGCGCGGCGAGGGCCAGCUCUGGUCCUACCGCACCGGAAGCGGCAACUGCGCUACGCUGGGCAUCGAAGCGGCCGCGCGCGUCGUCCUCGAAGCUGUCCAGGGUGCGCUGCGCGAGGCAGGCUACCACUGCCCCGGGUCAAAGGUCGACAGCAAGGCCGGACGACGAGAAACAACGACGAUCGAGGACAAGGCCGGACGACGAGAAACAACGCCGAUCGAGGAUCAAGGGGGUCACUCCGCUGCCGUCGACCUGCCCUCGCCACCCACCUCUGCGCCGAGCGUCGACGAAGAAGAAGACGAGGACAGCGACAAGGACGACACGGCACCGCAGCGAGCCUCUCCGGCAUCCGCCGGCCGCGGCCCACUGUUCAAGGCGGUAUGGAUCGGAUCGGCGGGCAUCUCGUCUCGGACAGUCUCGACGAGGUUCAGGGACGAGGUGCGGCGGCUGCUGGCGCCGUACUGCGACGAGCGGACGGCGGUGUGGAUCAGCAACGAUGCGGUGCUGCUGUCCGCGGCGAUGCUGCGGGAGCCAGGGGUGGACCGGUGCGUGUGCCUGAUCGCGGGUACGGGAAGCGCCGGCUUCAGCUUCCGGCGAAGCGACGGCGAAGCUGGGCAAGAAGGAGGCGAGCUCGGCGAGGUGCCCGGGAUCGAGACGGUGUCGCGUGCGGGCGGGUGGGGCUACGUGCUAGGCGAUCAUGGGUCCGGGUGGCGGAUCAGCCUGGCCGCCGUCCAGCUGGUGCUGCGCCGGUACGAGGAGCGCCGAUCGGCGAGGAGGGACGGUGCGGCGACCGAGACGAUGCUGGAGCGGCGCGUGUGCGCUGCUCUCGGAGUGUCUUCGCCCGAGGAGCUGAUCGCAGCCACCUACGUGGAUCGGUCCGGCGAGUGGAGCGGCGACGGCGACGCGGGCAGCGGCUUCUACGCCGCCGAGGAUGCGCGGAAGCGGUGGAUGGCGGGUGCGACGCAGGCCGUGUUUAGCGCUGCGUUUGGCGGGCCAUCUUUGGAAGGCAGCAACAGCAGCAGCAGCAGCUUCAACAAAGGCGGCGAGGACAGGCACGAGGACGAGGACGACUAUGAGACGUCGCGUGCGCUGGCCAGGGAGGUGCUGGAUGAAGCCAUCGACGAUCUGGUAGCGCUGCUCGAGCGGCUCACAGUCGACGACGACGGCGAGGAGAGGACGGCUGCGAGGGCGGACGCGGUACCAUGGCUGAUGGUGCUCGGCGGCGGGCUGUGGACCGAGGGGCGGUUUGUCGAGAUGCUCGUGUCUGCCUGGAGCGCAAGGCGGGGCAGCGGCGGGGGCCGUCGAGCGCUGGGGCGGGUGCGCGUGGUGCGGGAGCCUGCGCUCGAGGCUGGCCUGUACCUGAGGACGAGGUUCCUGCUGUAG